AAGGGGCGGGGCCAGGGACACCGUUUCAGUCUAGGAGAGGAGCCGAUACACCUGUGCAAGACUGGAGGGGAGGAGCCAGUACACCUGUGCAAGACUGAAGGGGAGGAGCCAGUACACCUGUGCAAGACUGAAGAGGAGGAGCCAGUACACCUGUGCAAGACUGAAGGGGAGGAGCCGGUACACCUGUGCAAGACUGAAGGGGAGGAGCCGGUACACCUGUGCAAGACUGAAGGGGAGGAGCCGGUACACACCUGUGCAAGACUGGAGGGGAGGAGCCGGUACACCUGUGCAAGACUGAAGGGGAGGAGUCGGUACACUUGUGCAAGAUUGAAGGGGAGGAGCCGGUACAACUGUGCAAGACUGAAGGGGAGGAGCCGGUACGCCUGUCCAAGACUG